AUGUCGGCGCUAAUCAAUACGGAUUUUCCUGACCUCAAGCUCGUUUCUCAAGGCAAAGUUCGCGAUAUCUAUGCGACAAGCUCUCCAGAUCACCUCUUGUUCGUCGCCACGGACAGAAUCUCGGCUUACGAUGUCAUCCUCAAAAAUGGGAUUCCGGACAAGGGCAAGCUUUUGACGACGAUAUCGCUAUUCUGGUUCAAGAAACUGGCAAACAUCAUCCCCAACCACUUUGUUACCGACAAAAUCGAGGAGAUGCCAGCGGAAAUCCACAAAUACCGUGAUCAGUUGGAGGGUAGGGCGAUGUUGGUCAGGAAGGCGGAGGUUGUUCCACUCGAGGCCAUUGUUCGAGGGUAUAUCACUGGUUCUGCCUGGUCCGAAUACAAGAAAACGGGCACUGUGCACAAAAUCCCCCUGCCGGAGGGGCUAGUCGAGAGUCAGAAGUUCCCUGAACCAUUGUUCACCCCAUCUACGAAGGCUGAGCAAGGUGCUCAUGAUGAGAAUAUAUCACCCCAGCAAGCUGCGGAAUUAAUUGGGAAAGAGCUUUACGAGAAGAUUUCGAAAGUAGCGCUGGAGCUGUACACAACCGCCGCGGAGUAUGCCUUGGCCAAGGGGGUUAUCCUGGCCGACACCAAGUUUGAAUUUGGUCUCGUGCCCUCUGCGGAUGGCACUUCGAAGGAUCUGAUUCUUAUCGAUGAGGUGUUGACGCCCGAUUCCUCACGUUAUUGGCCGCUCGCGGGCUACUCGGUCGGAAAGUCCCAACCCAGCUUCGACAAGCAGUACUUGCGCGAUUGGCUCGUUAGUGCAGGCUUCAAGAAGGGCCUUGAAACCGGCCCCGAGGGCAGGGAAGGGCAGGGUUGGGUUAUCGAGGAGGACAUCGUGAAGGGGACUAGAGACCGAUAUGCAGAGGCAGUAGCAUUACUGACUGCAGAUUCCAAAUAA